AUGGCCGACUCUACGAUCAAAGAGGAAACAGACAAUGAAUCUUGGAGCGAUGGCACAACAGCGACAGACAGUGAAAUGAUUGAAGAGAUCAUUACCCCGCGUUGGGACAUGACCAUUCUAUCUGACAAGAUCAAAUUCUGCGUGUCCGAGAAGGCACUUAGCUUCGCUCUUCAAGACCCGCUUUUAGAGGCCGAACACCAGGUGCUCCAGGUCUCCGAAGACCCUGAUGCCCUCCGCAUCGUCCUCAACAUUAUCCAUCACAAGUCCGAGGCUAUUCCUCCAGACCUGGAGCCCGAAAUGGUUCUUCGUGCUGCACGCUGUGCUCGCUCUCUCGGAUGCUGCUCGAGCUUACACUGGAUGGAUGACCUAUGGAGACUACUGCUCUCUGCUUACGCUAUGAACUUGAGCGAUAGGUUCUUCGACUUCUCCCGCGAGUUAAUAUGUCGACGCCCCAGUAGUUUUGCGAGCUGGGAGUUCUCCCGUGCCCACAUCGAGUGGCUACCCGCGGACAUCCUCGAUCGGCUCGAUUCGCAGAAAGAAACCCUCAUGCGCAAGAUUCAAAGUGCUCUUUGGAGCUUUGUCAAUACGCUCGCCCCAUGCAAAUGUUGGUCUGCUUCGGAAUACAUCGCUGCUUAUGUCCGGGCAUUAAGGGAGUCGGAGAUCUUGCCGGGAACAGAUGAAUUGACCAAUAGCAACUUUUUGCAGAUUCGUCGCAAGGUGGCCGCUUUGCCAGAGAUGUAUUGUAACUUCUCUGAUUUCUGUGAAUGUUCACCGACGCAUGCCGGAGAGUAUUAUCAGCCCAAGCACCUGGUCGGUCUGCUGGACAAGUGCAUUGAGGGUGUUGAGGUUGGAGUUUCUCUCGAUAUCGCAUCGGGGAGCAUUGAGACUACUCAGACACUUUGA